UGAGUUCUCCCGUAGAGGAUCUGGAAAUGUGUAAAGUGGUGGGAGUCAGCGAUAAGGUCCUGAUUGUGCAAAGCAUGGUCAACAAAGAGACGUUUGUUGUAAAGCAUCGUUCCGCUGACUAUUGGACACGAUGAGAGGUUUUUACCUGGCAGCAGGCCUGUUCCUGUAAUCAAAGCAGUCGAUGGAAACUGUCUCCAUCCUUUCUCCAUCAUCAUUUCUCAGCAUCAAUCUGCCAGAGAGCUCUCAUGAUUUUAGACAGUGAAGUGCAUCUUAAAUUUCAGCUAAAGUAAUAUUUACAAUGCCCUACAAAAGUAUUAAUACCUUUGUCAUUUUCCUUAUUUUCAUACAACCAAAACUUCAGAGUAUUUCAUUGUUGUUUCAUGUGACAGGCCAACACAAAGCUGUGCAUAAUUAUGAGGUGGAAGGAAAAUAACACAUGGUUUCAACGUUCUUUGCAAUUAUUGAUCUUUAAAGUGUCACCUAACAUUUGUAUUGAACCUCUUUAUGCUCAUUCCCCUUUAGUGCAACCAAUUGCCUUCAGAGGUCACUUAAAUAUUAAAAAGACUCCACCUAUGUGUAAUUUAAACUCAGUAGAACUACAGCUGUUCUGUGAAGACUUCAGAGGUAAAGUCAGGUAAAGUCAGAAACAAAGUCCAAUGUGGAAUCUGUGGCAAAAGUUGAAAAUUGAUGUUCACUUUUAAACUUUCUGUUGAUAAAACAAAUGAAAACCAUGUCUCUAUUUCCUUCCUCUUCACAACUAUGCACUAUCUUGUAUCAUCCACUAUUCCAAUGCAACACAUUGAACUCUGUGGUUGUAAUGUAACACAAUGUGAAAAGCUCAAGUGGUUUUAAUACCUUGACAAGACGCAGGUGUCAAACACUUCCAAAGUCAUGAGCCAGAACGUAUCUCAGAAUAAUUCUCUAAAUAAAUCAUUACAUGUGUGCGCUUUCACAGAGCCUUGUCAAAUCUAGCUGGGAGAGCAGAGACCAAACAACCAUUAUUCCUCAAGGUGUGCCCUACAUGGUGAAGCUGCUACGGUAUUAUGUCAGUGAGGAUGCUGUGUACCUGCAUCUGGAGCAUAUCAAGGGUGGGAGGCUUUUCUCCAAGUUGCACAAACUUAGAAGUGAGAAAGCCAGGGAACACCCAGACCCAUGCUUCAUCUCUGGGCAGCACAAUGUCAAGCUGAAGACAAGCCACACUUCACCUGCAAUCAGCGGAGACUACCAGCAAAACAGCAGGAGCACAGCAGCGAUUCCACACAAACUGACCGACGAGAGACCGGAUACAGACUUCCCAAACUCAUGGGACGAGACUCAGCAGCGACUGGAAAGCUGCGGGACUCACUCCUACAUAGAGGAGACAGGUUGUCUCCAGAACACUCGAUCGGCCGCGUCAUUUUACACCAAGCUGGAUCAGCAGACGCUGAUCUCCGGCCUCACAAGGACACAGGUCAACACCCACAUCCAUCCACCAGCCCCUAGUUUGUGUUUGCAUUCCAACGAAGCUCAGGAAAAGCCAGCUCUUCCUCUCUCUUGUGCCCGUGUCAGCCAAGCUCUCGAUGUCAUGUCAGAACUCCAUAAAAAAAAGGCUGGGAUGGGUCUCAUAGAGUGCAGUACAGACUUCGAGGCAGCCUGGAAAGCUGCAGACCCAGCACACAGCUAUAACAACACCAACCUCUAUGCAGUGACUGGCAAUAAUUUGCAAAGAGCAACACCUCAGACAAAUCAGAUCUUGUUUAAAAGAACAGAACCUCCUAAAAGUCAAAAAGACGCUAUGAGUUCCUCUCCUGCAAUUCUGCAUCUCCCUCUCCAUUGCCAAACCCAAAUCCGUGGCAGGGCAUCAUGGGAAACUAAUGGCUCUCAUCAGGGAUCUUUUGUUGCUGAAAGUUCUGAAGAGAUAAAUGCAGAGUCGAAGGAAGAAAGCAGUCCCCUUGUAGAAGAAAGAAAUGGAAUGAUAGUCAUCAGGAGUACGGACAGAGCAGUACUUUCUGACCAUGCGGACACAACCAUCAUCUCUGAAAGUUCAUGUGACUUUCCUGCUUCUCUUUUCCACGGAAGCGUUAAUACACAGGUUAAGUCAUCAGGAGCAUGUCAAAAAAGAGAAAAUUGUCCCAGAGGUGAAAAACAGGGUAUAGAAGUGGCAUGUGAGGUAGUGAGUCCUGGAGGGAAGAACCUAAAAGCAGGAUCAUACGUAAGCUGGUUCUCUCCUGACCCAUUGGGAGCCACAUCCCACAGCGACAGAAAAAACCUGGAGGGAUCAGAGAAGCACGAAGAAGACCAGAUCAUUGAGGUGGACGGCUGGUGUCACCUGCCGCGCUUUCCUGCCAAGACCUCCAGGCCUGCAGAGAAGGCCUUACAGAGCUACUGGGGGCUUCCAGAAGGAGAGGUGCGUGUGUGGGGAGCGCAGAUUCUGUUGGCCCUGGAGAGUCUACACGAGCAAGGCAUCUUGUGUCGGGAUCUCAACCCGAGGAACAUUUUGCUCACCGGCAACGGAAAGGUGUGUUUGACAUUUUUCAGCCAGUGGAGUGAGGUUCAGUCAGAGAUUAGCUCCAAAGCCAUGGAGCAGAUGUACUGUGCUCCAGAAAUCGGAGGAGUGUCGAGGAUUACAGAGGCUUGUGACUGGUGGAGUCUCGGGGCUUUGCUCUUUGAACUUCUAACAGGAAUGCCCCUUUGGCAGCUCCAUCCAGCGGGAAUCCAUUCCCACACCCAGCUGCUCAUCCCCAACCACCUAAGUGCUGCAGCUGCGUCCCUGCUCACUGAGCUACUUCAGUUUGAUGCAGGUUAUCGCUUGGGUUCUGGAGGUGGAGGAGUAAGCGACAUCAAAUGCCACCCCUUCUUCAGCGGUGUCUCCUGGAAAGCUCUGUCCUGCUAGCAGACCUCCCAUCAUUUGUGCCAUACUGGACUUUAAAACAAACAGAUCAGCUGGAUUGAAACAUCCUGCAAUUUUACAGGAGCUUCCCAAAGAAAAAGUUAAACAAAGGUUGGGGAUACCCAGUGCCUUGCAAAAGUAUUCAUACCACUUGACUUUUGUCACAUUACAAACAUCAUUUCACUGGAAUGUGAAUGUGACACAAAGUAGCACAGUUUCCAAAAAAAAUUACAAGAUUUUAAUCUGUGAAUAUCAAGUGCACUGAUGUUUAUCUCCCUGAAGUGAAUACUUAUAACCAUCUUUAUUCUAUAAACAUAUGGAAAAUAGGCUUUGAUCAAAACAUGGAGUACCUGGGUCCAGUCUUCCAAGAACUACUAUCAGGACACUUUUCACACCAUUAACUUUUCCCAAAAACCCCCCCCUAAAUCAAAAUAUUUAAUUCCCUCAUCAACAUGUCAUUUAGCUCUGCACAGGUUUGGUAACAAAGUAUGUGUGACGGAGGAGCCGUCACGAGCCGGGACUUAAUUAUGAGUCCGUGUCAGCAUGCAAGCACGCCCGCACACCCCUACACACACAAACGUAUACAUAAUCGUUAACUGUCUUUUUGUUCCAGCUUAAACUGACGUGGCUCAUCGUGGGUGCACACGUGGUGUUCCUGCUUCAGUUAACAAAUGAAGCCUAAUCUGUUAUUUUCAGCUUCAAACUUUUUGCUGGUUCUAUUUUCAAGCAGGGUUGUUUCCAGGAGGAACAUGAUGACAUAGUGAUGUCAUCAGAACGUACUGAGUGUUUUCUAUUAAAUUGAGUAUUGUAUUUUUGAUCGCAAGUUUAUUUAUUUAUAUUUUUUUCCCCUUGGUAUUUGUUACUGUGUAUACCUUAAGAGUUUACUUGAGUUAUAAGCAAUUUUUUUUAGUUGUUUUUGCAUAUUUGUUCUUUCUGUAGGCGGAGCCUGUGGCUUUAAAAGCAGGGCUCUGCUCCACAAGGAGUCAGUCUGUGGCUAGACUCAAGUCACCUUGAAGGUGAUGCACUGAAGUCAUUUUUGUUUGUCCAAGUUAUAAUAGAACCCCAUCACAGUGUGUGUUUGAUUCGGGUGUGUUGGAGAAAGGAUUUAUCUAAAAUAUGCCUCACAGUAAUUAUCAAGGACCGGACUUGGCGCCCCUGAUCUGAACCACUCCCUUGUGGCUCUGGAUCCAUUUACUGUUGUCCUGCUGAAAGGUGAACAUUCACACCAAUCUGAAAUAUUUUACACCUCUAACAAGUUUUCUUCCAGAAUUAUUCUGUGUUUAGCACCAUCAAUCUUCCCAUCAACUCUGACCAGUUUUUCAGUCUAAGAGAAAGAAAAGCAUCACCACAGCAUGAUGCUGCCACAACCAUGAGGGGAAAAAAUAUCUUCUACCAGCCACAUUUCUGUUAAACACUUAUCUGUGUUGAUUUUUCUCAUGUAUAUUAAUUUUUGGUUGUAAUGUGGGAAAAUGUGAAAAAUCUGAUGCUUUUCCAAGGCACUGUGUUCCAUAAAGGAACAGAUUUACUUUUUUCCCAUGGGAACUCGGAUGUGUUUUAAUGCAAUUUUGAUAAUUAAGUUUUACAUGUCUUCAUAAUCGCCAUGCAUGUGAAUAAAAUCCCUUUUAAAUCAAAA